GAAGCAGAGCUGGCCAUGGCAGCGGCGGAGGAGGAGGACGGGGGCCCCGAAGGGCCAAACCGCGAGCGGGGCGGGGCGGGCGCGACCUUCGAAUGUAAUAUAUGCCUGGAGACUGCUCGGGAAGCUGUGGUCAGUGUGUGUGGCCACCUGUACUGUUGGCCCUGUCUUCAUCAGUGGCUGGAGACACGGCCAGAGCGGCAAGAGUGCCCAGUGUGUAAAGCUGGGAUCAGCAGAGAAAAGGUUGUCCCCCUUUAUGGGCGAGGGAGCCAGAAGCCCCAGGAUCCCAGAUUGAAAACCCCACCUCGCCCCCAGGGCCAGCGACCAGCUCCGGAGAGCAGAGGGGGAUUCCAGCCGUUUGGUGACACUGGGGGCUUUCACUUCUCAUUUGGUGUUGGUGCUUUUCCCUUUGGCUUUUUCACCACCAUCUUCAACACCCAUGAGCCAUUCCGUCGGGGUACAGGUGUGGAUCUGAGACAGGGUCACCCGGCCUCCAGCUGGCAGGACUCCCUCUUCCUGUUUCUCGCCAUCUUCUUCUUUUUCUGGCUGCUCAGUAUUUGAGCUGUGUCUCCUUCCUGCCCACCUCCAGCCAGAGGAGAAUCAGUAUUGGGGGUCCCUGCUGACCCUUCCUUAACCAUGGACCCUCCCCUCAACUACUCCCUUUCUCUUGGCUAAGGCCAACCCCGGCCACUUUCUGGGAGGGUGCGGGGAGGAGGAGUGACAUCUGUGCAUAGGAUGGGAAAACCUUUGCUCUGAACUGCUCCGUCAGUAGCAUCAGAACUCCCAGCUCUGAGAGAGGAGGACGGACAGAAGAGACUAUCUGUCUCUCCUCUCCCGAUCCUCCACUCUCCCCAGCGUUUCUUGAUUUGAUGUUGACAGGUGGGCAAGGCUCCCUCUUACUCUUCCCCACAGCCUCCUUGUUGAUUUAAUUUAAUUUUUCUCUCCCCAGUGUCUAAUGUGUGUUCUGACUCUUAAGUGCUUCCUUCCCCUCACUACCUCCUUUAUUACAAAUUCAAUAAACAAGGUGAGAUCUAGUCAUGGGAACUCUG